AUCAUCGAUUCGGCUUCAACCACCUUUCCCGACCCGCACCGGAUCCCCAUCACCCAUUGGCUGGUCGUUGGCCCCCCCGGUCGCCCUCGCCAUGUCCAGACCCUCUGUGGCCACAAAGCUCUCCUCGUCAGCUCCAACCGCCACCUUGACUCCACCCACACCAGCACCCGCCUCGAAGGCAUCGUCCAAACACAGGUCCAAGCCCCGGCCGAUUUCCUCGGAUCCGCAGCUUCUCCCCGCCACGGAUGCAUCAAGUCCCAUGUCUCCUUCUUCGCCGCUGCCCUCCAAAUCCGCCAAAUCCCGGUUGCACCGACACUCGCUCUCCACCAUCGACCUCAACAAGCGCACCCUCACCAACAUGCCCACCGACAACGGUGCCGUCCAGAACCCCUCUCGACCCCGCCGCCCGUCCGGCAAGCUCUCUAAGAGCACCGACAAGCUGCACCAUAGCCCCUUGAUGAUGUCUCCGCACCGUGGUGUCAAGGAGAAUGCCAACCCAGCAACGCCUCCCCGUCGCCACUCCGAUCCGACUGUCCAUCGGCGCGAUAAAGAGUUUGAAUUGCCUCGCUACGAGCCCAGCCGCUUCCUCACCUCGGCUUCGCUCAACCUCUCGAGCAUCUACACCCGCGUCGGUGAGUGGAACAGAGACAGCGGCUCAACGCCGCCAGCCGAGGCUUACCAGGGCUACGUUGUUCUCACCAACAAGAGCCCGAGCCGCAUCCCUGUCCCGAUCCUCAAGCAGCGUCCUACGAGUGCUCCGGAUGACCGCUCACAAGCCUCGGCGACAGCGGCGUCUGGCUCGGCACAGACGGCUGCUUAUCCGGAAUUCGACUCUGCUCUCGCUGCUGCCCUCGGCAGCACUUUUCCGGAUCCACCUGCACUCGUCGUCGGCGCCCCGCUAUAUCCGAUCGACUCCUGCGACGGUAUCGAUGGUGCUGCUGCUGUUUCGUCCUCUAAUCGAGUGAUUGAAACACCUCCGGCUCUCGCAUCGCUUCACGCAAACUUCCUUCAAGGUGCCGCAUCCAGCUCAGCGUCUCCCACCGGACAGCCCGCAUCCUCCAAGUCCAGAGCUGCUGGUCAGUCCGCCGCUGGUCAGUCCGCCGCUGGUCAGGGCGCCUCGGGCUCCUCUAAAAUCCCAACAAACGGAAAGCGGCCGUCGACCGUCCCCGCAGUCCCAGCCAGACCAACACCGUCACCCACGACAGUAUCAGUAUCAAACAGACGGCCAUCGCCCAAGCCCUCGCUCGCGUCCCUUCCGGGCGCAACUCCCAAGGCGGCAACCCUUCCGCGGGCCGCCAAAACCAGCCGCAUGUCUCCCUCGCACUCACCCUCGCCUCAACCCCCCAGCUCGCCAGGCCAGCCCUACCCUGCAGGCACGGUCCGGGCAUACGGCAAGCCCAAAUCGCCACAGCCACAGCCACAGAUCGACACUGCCCCCCGCGCGAAUACGAUAGAUCCUCCGCCACGGCCACAACAGAGCAGCCAGUCUCCCACCAGCACCGUGUCUCCUGUCAGCGCGACCGUCCCGCCACCAAUAGCGACUGCAGCAGAGCCCUCCAGGCCGGUGCCUUCCGAGAGCCUGCCUGCAGUCAAGAAGGUGCGGUUCUUUGAGUGGGUCGAUGUGGGAUUCACCCACUCGCCUGACGACUACGACCGCAACCCGAUUGCCUGCGAGCCGCUCACUCGCUCGGGCGCGCUUGAGGUCAUCCAGAUGCGCAUGGAGAUGCGGCAGACCACCGAGCGGCUCUACCGCGCUCAACGCAACCAAGUCCUGGCCGCUGGUACGCCCGGAUCUCCCAAGAUCACAAGCCCGAUGUCGCCUCGGCGCAUCAGCCGCGACGAGGACGAAUGGGACGGACACUGGAACGAUGAAAACGACUUUGUCGACGACGACGAUGAUGAAGAAGAGGGUAGUGUGCAGAGACUUGUAGGUAGGCUGCGGCGUCAGCGCGAGCGCAAGCGAAACGAGCAGAUUCGCGAGGAGCGCCGCGACAGCAUGAACCUGCAGCAAGCCAAGGCGUCCGCCCGCCAGAUCAACGAUAACAUGAAGACCCAGAUGAUGGGCAUUCUUGAGUCUGCGCCGUCUCCGACGACCGCUGUCGGCUCGACCUCUGAAUCUCUGCCAGCGGUACGGUCGCCUAUCAUGCACGCCUCCUCGCCUCCGCUGGCAGCGCUCUCACCGCGCACUCCCCAGGACACCAUCGUUGUGAACCUUUCCAGCACUACCGUCGUCGUCGAGCGCGAGAAAGCACCAGGACAGCGCGUCGAUGCCAGCCUCCGCCUCAGCCCCAUCGACACAUCCAAGUCUGUCAUCGAGUCGCUCACAAUGCAGCUUCAGGCCACCACCAUCAGCUCGGCCUCGUCGCCGGUUAUGCCCACGAUUGUUGAAGAGGCUUCGGAGCAUGCGGAGCAGCCUGCCGAGCAGAACGACGGCUCUCUCGAUGGCUCAAUCGACUCGUUCGAGCCGGAUGCUUCCACCGUGAGCACCACAAGCAGCUCGCCGAGCUCGGACGAAGAGAGCCGCAACAACAUCUUUGCCCAGCGCAUCUUUGCGGCCUCACCGACUCCCGACUUUACUCCGCGCGACACUUCAACUCGGCCGCUUUCGAGCUCUGACGAAGACGAUGAAGACGAUCAAGAGCCGGAUGACGCCUCCUCGCUGUCGUCGUAUACAUCGAUGGUGUUCAAGUCAUCGACAGAGUCGAGCUCUGCGGACGGUCCUGUCGGCAUCCCCACUGUCGGUGCCGAUGACGAGGAACCCUUCCGCGGCCGGUCUCGACGACGCUCCGACACUGACGGCGUGUCACUGCGGUACCAGCAAAAGUACGGCCAAAGCGAUGUGUAUCACCAACCGCCACCGAUCCAGGGCUGGCUCCAGGAAGUUGUCAUAACCAAGGGACGGAGCCUCAGCUGGAGUGGCCGGGCUUCCGCGUGUCGGUAAACUCGAAUAGACGAAUUGUUGCGACAGAAGCGUCCCCCACCGCUGUUCCAGGUUGAAGAUGAGGGUCGGACCAAGUCGACACA